UUACAAAUAUUAUUAUAUACACAUGAAAGAAAGAUUAAAAGUCGAGAGGAUAAUAUUGUGCACCAAUAAUACCAGAGGAGAAUUUGCGACGGAGAGAAUCGAUCCUCGUUCAAUAUUCAUUUGAUCAACAUUCCAUCCAUAAACCUGAUAUUAUAAACAGCGUGAGUCUGUAUAACCCGCGGGUUCUAAGAAGAUAUCGAAAAUGGGUCGGAAGAAAAUACAGAUAUCCCGGAUUACGGAUGAACGGAAUCGACAGGUGACGUUCAAUAAGAGGAAAUUCGGCGUUAUGAAGAAGGCGUACGAGCUCUCGGUACUUUGCGAUUGUGAAAUAGCGCUGAUAAUAUUCAGUUCUAGUAACAAAUUGUAUCAGUACGCAAGCACAGACAUGGACAAGGUCCUCCUAAAGUACACCGAGUACAACGAGCCCCACGAAUCGCUUACCAACAAGAACAUAAUCGAGGAGCAUAAGGGAGCGAUGUCGCCCGAGAGUCCGGAGCCCGAUACCGCCGAGUAUAAUCUCACGCCGAGGACCGAGGCUAAGUACAGCAAAAUUGACGAGGAAUUCCAAAUGAUGAUGCAGAGGAAUCAGCACAACGGCACGAGGGUUAUGGGACAGUCUAAUUACACUCUGCCCGUCUCGGUGCCGGUGAACAGUUACGGAGAAUCUCUACUGGGCUCCAGUCCACAAAUGGCACACACCAGCAUCUCGCCUAGACCUUCGUCGUCUGAAACAGAUUCAGUUUAUCCAUCGGGCGGGAUGUUGGAUAUGAGCAACGGUUAUCCACCGUCGGCGUCGCCGCUCGGCGGUUCACCAAGUCCUGGACCAUCGCCAGCGCUCGGCGUCGGAGGCGGGGGUGGAGGUAAAGGCAGUUCCUCGAGGCAUUCGCCGCAACCUCCCCCGCCGCCUCAUCCUCACAGAGCCAACCUGAGAGUCGUCAUACCUGCACCCCUUACACAGUCCUUGUCGGACGACAACAAUUACGACAGCGGGCAUUCGCAAUCUGCGCUGAACACACCGGUUGUGGCGUUACAGACACCCUCGGUGCCAGCUGGAUACUCUAGUUUCGGACCGACAGACUACUCGUCGGAUCUUGGGAGCCUGGCGUGGUCCCACCAGAGGUACGUUGAUGACUUGUCAAUGUAUUCGGCAGCCACCAUGUCCAGCAUCAGUGGUCUUCCGCAUUUGGCGGUAUCCAGCAGUACACCGCCACCGUCGACGUCGCCUCUACCGGUGAAAAUAAAGAGUGAGCCAAUAAGUCCUCCUCGGGACCCACACGGGGGUGGAGGUCCGGGCGGUGGUAACCCGGGGUCGAUCCAUCACUCGAGUCUCGGCGUCGGUCCGUCGUCGAGCGGCGGGGGUGGAGGAGGAGGAGGAGGCGGGGGGCCGCAUCACGGACCCCACGGGGGCGUGCCACAGACAUUGAACUUAGUUUCGAGCAGGCCCAAUAGUAACCCGCCUCCCUCUCAUUCUGGCAGUAUAACACCGACGAAUUUACCAUCGCCUGGCGGUGCCGGCGGUGUCGGUGAUAUAAGGUCGAGUCAUCCUGGCGGCGGGGGUGGAGGAGGUGCUGGCAGUGGCGGAAACAGCUCCGACUAUGAAAAUGGACCGCUAAUGAAACGGCCAAGGAUCACCGAGGGAUGGGCCACUUAGUACUACACCCCGCACCAGCAGCAGCAGCAGCAGAAUCGCCGUCAUCAUCAUCAUCAUCAUUACUAUCAACAUCAACAUCAAUAUCAACAACAACAACAACAACAGCAGCAGCAGCAGCAGCAGCAGCAGCAGCUGCGUCAGCAUCGUAAUCGGCUUAUUUCUCACAACGCUUUAUCGUCCUACGACGACGGUAUGUUGUAGUUAGCAUGCGCGAUUUUCCCUUUUCUAUUUCUUUUUUUUUCUAAAUGCUGUUAUCUCUAAAGAACGUGUCACACCUACCUAUCUAUACGUGCGUAUUAUACACGAUAUGCAGACAAUUGCGGAAUUUCGUUUUUAUUAAU